GAGCGGAAGCGGCGGCCGCGCUGAGGCGAGGAAGGCAGCAUGGCCCCCACCGGCAAGAGGAGCCUGGCGGAGCUGAGCGUGGAUGAGUUCCUCGCUGCCGGGUCCGAGUCGGAGGGUGAUGGCGGUUGGGAGGAGGAGGAGGAGGAGGUGACCAGGCCCGCCAAGGGUCCGGCACAGCGGCGGCCGAGCGGGAAGGCGCAGCAGAAUGGGAAGGCCAAGCAGCAGGUCCAGGCCCCGCCGGCUGGGAGGAAGAAGGGAAAGGCAUCUGAACAUAAAGAUCAGCUCUCCCGGCUGAAGGACAAAGAUCCUGAAUUUUAUAAGUUUUUGGAGGAAAAUGAUCGCAAGUUGCUGGAUUUUGAUGCUUCAGACAGUUCUGAUGAAGAGGAGGCAUUGCACGUACCACCUGAUACACUGGAGGAAGCAAGUGAUGAAGAUGAAGACGAAGAAGAACAUGAAACGGUCAAACGGAAGAAAGUUUGUUUGAUCCCUGUGAGAUUGAAAAUGGUUGAAGAAUGGAAGAAAGCUGCAGAGAGAAAUCUAACACCAAAACUUUUCCAUGAAAUCACUCAAGCCUUUAAAGCAGCUGUAGCAACCACCAAAGGAGAUAAUGGUGGGGCUGAUCCCAGCAAGUUUCAAGUCACUGAUGCCACAGUAUUCAAUGCCCUUGUGUCCUUCUGCGUCCGGGACCUCUUCCACUGCCUGCAGAAGCUGCUUCUUCUGAAACCCCCAAAGAACAAACUAAAAGUGGUCCUCCCUUCCACCAGCCCGCUUUGGAGCAAGCUACGACUGGACAUAAAAGUGUAUCUCAGCUGUACUAUACAACUCCUGUCUUGUUUAACAGAAGCAUCAGUCGGUGUAGCAGUCCUUCAACAUGUCAACUCCACAGUGCCUUAUUAUUUGUCCUUCCCAAAGCAGUGCCGUGCACUUCUCAAGCAAACAAUUCAUUUGUGGAGCACAGGUGAGGAAACAGUGAGAGUACUGGCCUUCCUUGUGCUGAACAAGAUCUGCCGCUACAAGAAGGAGGUGUACCUAAGUCCCUUGCUCAAGCAAAUGUACAUCGCGUUUGUGAAGAAUUCCAGAUUCACCUCUCCCAAUGUCCUGCCCAUGAUCAACUUCAUGCAGCGCACGCUGACGGAGAUGUACGCCCUGGACACGCACACCUCUUACCAACACGCCUUCAUCUACAUCCGCCAGCUCGCCAUUCACCUGCGCAGUGCCAUGACCAUAAAGAAGAAGGAGAAUUUCCAGUCUGUUUAUAACUGGCAGUAUAUCCACUGCCUGUAUUUCUGGUGUCGGGUUCUCAGCACGAUCUAUCCCAGUGAGGUCAUGGAGCCGCUGAUCUAUCCUUUGACGCAGGUCAUCAUUGGCUGUAUAAAGCUGGUACCAACGGCUCGUUUCUACCCUCUGCGCAUGCACUGCAUCCGUGCUCUUACCCUGCUGUCUGAGAACACCAGGACCUUCAUCCCAGUGUUACCAUUUAUCCUGGAGGUUUUCCAACAAGUGGAUUUCAACAAGAAGCCAGGACGGAUGAGUGCUAAGCCUAUCAACUUUGCAGUGAUCUUGAAGCUCUCCAAUGUCAACCUGCAGGAGAAAGCCUUCCGAGAUGGACUCAUUGAACAGCUCUACGACCUGAUGCUUGAGUAUCUCCAUUGCCAAGCCUACAGCAUUGGGUUCCCAGAGUUGGUUCUCCCCACUGUCAUUCAGCUAAAAUCCUUCCUGAAGGAAUGCAAGAUUGCCAACUACUGCAAGCCUAUCCGGCAGCUCCUGGAGAAACUGCAGGAAAAUUCUGCCUACAUCUCCAGCAGGCGUCAGAAAGCUGCCUUCGGCGUGGCCAGCAGGGACUCUGUGGAGCAGUGGGAGAAGCAGGUCAAAGAGGAGGGGACACCUCUCACCAAGUAUUACACCCAGUGGAAGAAGCUAAGAGAGAAGGAGAUACAACUGGAAAUCAGCGGCAAAGAAAGGCUUGAAGACUUGAACUUCCCAGAAAUUAAGCGUAGGAAGCAGAAUGAAAGCAAGGAGGAAGAUAAGAAGGAAUUCAAGGACCUCUUUGACCUGGACAGUGACUCUGAUGAGGAGAAUGGUGGAUUCCCUAUAAAAGGUAAAGGCAAAGCCAAGCAGGCGUCAGACGACAGUUCAGAAGCAAGCAGCGAGGAGUACGGCGAGGAUGAUGAUGAAGAAGAAGGAAGGUAUGAAAUUGAAGAGGACGAGGAAGAAUUGGGAGAAGACGAGAGCGAUUCAGAGGAGGAAGGCGAGGAAGGUGCUGGGGCUUCCCCAAGGACACAGAAGCAGAGGAACCGCGCUCGCGGGAUGUCACGCUCCGACCUCCAGCAGCUGGCCCAAGGAGAAGAGGACAUCGUGGAGGACUUGGCUUUCUCUGAUGACGACUGAGCCCCCUCGGGACCACCCUCUCCAGGCUUCUCCCCAACGGAGCUGCUGUGCACUGGGUCACCAGCCCUCAGAACCUGUAGCUGGGGCUCACAGAGGUGGUAAGAGCUGGGGAGCACGGGGGGUGGGCUGCCACCCCCAGGUGACACCACGGACUUUCUCAGUGACGCGGCAGAGACGCUACUUGGACUCUCAGACUUUUUCUACCGGUUAUGUUUUUGUUAACAGUAAAAUUGUGGCCACGUCAAAGCCAGUAAAACUGCUCAGCGUGGGUAAUAAAAAGCCCUCAUUAAAAUCUGCUGCUUUAAAUAGCGUAGGGUUCAGUUUCAGCUCCUGCUGGAGCGGGAACAAGCUGACCACGGGGAAGGACGAGUCCUUUUGUCUAAGGGGCCUCGUGUCUGUUCAGCCCAACCACUCAAGUGGCCCCGUAUUUUCCUCUGGGGCCUUCCCCAAACCCUUCCCUUCUGCCCAGCCGUUGUUAGGGAUUGUACAGGGUGUUUCAGAGCUUUGUAUUGUGGCUGCAAACGAAGCCUUGAUCAGCACCACCAGGAGCAGCUCAGUCGGUUCAAUCAAGCUGGAUGUAAGUCUGCUAAAGAAGGUAACUUUAAGUAAGUGCCUUAGGACAUGGAGGGGAGAUGAGAGGGAGGUUGUACAGGCAGAAAGGAGUAAGAAGAGGCAAAAAUAAUAACGUAGGAAACAUCAUUUCGUGUUGUGGGGGCUGUUGGGUUUGCACGGGAUACAUUUGUUUAGCAAAAACAAGGGAUAAGCCUGAGUCCGUGCUUUUAACAGCCCUGUCGUUAUCCAGUGACAUAAAAUGGCCUCUUUCUAGGGCCAGUCCCAGCUGCUGCUGCUGGUGGUGAUCACAGCUGAGUUCUGUGAGGCCUGAAAACAGUAGUGGUGAUUUUUAUGGUUAUAUCAUCUCAAAGCCAACCAUGGCAUCCCCUGGGCAGGUUCUGGAUGCAGCUCGUUGUGUCUCUUCCUGUAGGAGCGGAGCUUGAGGGAGGACACGGUGUAGCUCAAGGUGGGUAAAGGCAACUUGUGAUCCCCUGGGGAAAUACAAACAGCUUAUCUCUUGAGACCCGUUAGUUUGCAGGACUGGCUGCUAGGAAACGUGUUUCUUUGGAAAAAAAACUGGAAACAGAGGGCAUUUGCUAAGAAAAAGCUAAGUAGUUAAGUAUUUAUUUAAGUAAAGUAUUGCUGGGAAAAGUUAAGUAUUCUUAGGGCGUAUCCGACAGAAUCACUCCUGAGUUAAAUGUGGCUGCCAAGAGCAUUGGUAUUUGUUAAUGCAGAUUUUUUUGGGGGGGGACAGAAGACACAAGGGCCAGGACUAAAUAUGAUCUUUAUUCUUCUCUGCCACCACUCAGUAGGUGUCUGUCAGCACUAGGGGUGGCCAGGCCACCUGCACAGACACGGUCAUCUCCGCCGCCUUCUCCUGCCCACCACGGGACAAGGUGCCUUUUUUAAGAAAAACAUCUUAAAAGAACAAUCUUCUUCCUUUUCUUUUUAAAGUUUUAUUUUCAUGGAGUCAGAAGAACCACAGCCCUAUUGCAGGUAAACCCCCCCCGUGUGCUGUGGCCUGGCUGGUGGUCUCCCUCUCACCCACACGUGUCCGUGAUAACUCAGGGUAUGUCAAGAGGUAAUUAAGCUCUUCCCGUCCUACACCAAGUACUGCUCCUUUCCUGCUUCCAGACGUCGUUACCGCACAGGUAAUUAGUGCAGUAGCACACUGGUGUGGGGUGUUGGCUUCAUUCCAUUAGGGCUUUUCAGAGCUUAGUGGCAGGAAUAGGGAUAGAAAGUCUUUUUUUUUCCAGCUCCCCUUACCUGCCCUUCCGAGACACGCACCCGGCUCCCCGUCAUCCCAUAAGGAGGAGGAAAUAACCACAGAAAUUAGUAAUUUGGGUUUUUAUUAUUAACAUCAUCAUUAUUGUAAUUACUCUCAUCAUUUAUAGCCCACUCUGAGGAGGCGAAAGCACCUGAUGCUUCAUUAGGGCUUCAGGAGGGCUCAAGAGUUGAGGUUCCCCACAGCUGGUGAAGCCCCAUGUCUUCAGGAAUUGCACAUGGGAGACCAGGAUACAACUGCAAAGAUGAGAAUUUUAAGGCCCUAACUCUAAGGAAAAGGUUUUAACUUACCUUGUCUUCCAAAAGAGAAAGGAGUUCCUUUUCCUCCUUUCUCCACCUGGGCUGGGGAGGUGCUGGCUGCCUUUUGCCAGCUCUGAACCCACCCUCGGAGCGGCUCCAACAGCUCCCAGGCCCCAGGAGCUGCAGCCCCACAGAGGGAAGGACAGGAGACAUCUGGGUGAAGGACCCCUCCCAAGGAGCUCAGGAAGCCAGGUACCAUUUGUAAAUUAAGUGUUUUUUCUUUUUUUAUUUAAAUUGAUUGCUGGAAAGCAUUUUUUUUUAUCGUGAUGUGAUGGAUAAUGACUUUUUUUUUCUUUUUUUUUUUACAAUAUAAAGAAGCUAAUGUACCACCAAGCUAUUUUGUAAGAAAAACGGUAGCACGUGCAACGUUUAAACAAAAAAAAAAAAAAAAAGGGAGGGGAGGGGGG